AUGAGGUUUCAGCAUGAAACUCCAACAUCUUGUUGCGGAGAGGAAUCAGUAAGAUUGGUAAAUACUGAAGUUUCAAUACAAUUAUACGAGUUACUUGUUGACGAGUCAGACGAAGCAAAAGAGUUCCAUCGAAACAUUAGAGCAUAUAAUAGUAUAUUUGCAUUUACGUCUUUUGGUGUUAGACUUGACAAAGAACUUGCAUCUUCAAGGAAAGGAGUUUACACCUUUAAGGCACAAGAUGGAAACAAUCCAAAUGUACCAUUCGAUAGAGAGAUUAUUGUUCAUGAGCAUUCCGGCAACAAAUAUAGAGUCAAACAUUAUUAUGGUUGCUAUGGCCCACUCCAAUAUCCUCUGCUUUUUCCAAAUGGAGAGGUUGGCUGGCACCAAGGAAUGCACAAAUAUAAAUCAAAAAGAGGUGCAAGUACAUCUGAAGUUGCUAAUGUAAGCCAGAAUGUCCCAACAUACACGUCCGCUAAUGAGGUGUUUCACAAAGAGGAGCAAGGUGUACGUCGUAAAUCUAAAUCAUGUGUGUCUUCUAGAGAGUAUUAUUGCUAUAAAUUUCAAAUACGCAAAGGAGAAAAGACAAUACUACUAUUGUGCGGACGGUUAUUGCAGCAAUUUGUGAUUGACAUGUAUAUCAAGUUAGAAACAACAAGCCUUGAAUUCUUUAGAUUAGAGAAAGCACUACUUAUAAGGGAAAUAUUGCAAGGUAUAGUUGAUAGUAUCAUGGCUGCAGAAUAUAGAGGAGAUAAAGUUGGCCAAAGAGUAAUAUUGCCGGCAUCAUUCAUCGGAGGCCCUAGAGAUAUGCGCCGUAGGUAUAUGGAUGCAAUGGCUUUGGUUCAACAUUUUGGAAAACCAGAUUUAUUUAUCACAAGGAUAUGUAAUCCCGAUUGGGCGGAGAUCAAGGAGAAUCUAUGCGAAGGACAACUUGCAGAAGAUAGACCAGACUUAGUGACUAGAGUUUUUAGGGCAAAAUUACAAGAUUUAAAGGAUCGGAUUUUCAAGAAAAAAAUAUUUGGUCCUGUUGCGGCACAUGUCUUUGUGGUUGAAUUCCAAAAAAGAGGCCUACCACACAUACACCUUUUGAUAAUACUUGAACAAGGGUACAAGAUAAUAUCAGCAGACCAAUAUGACAAGUUUAUUUCUACGGAACUUCCUGAUGAAGAAGAAUAUCCACUCUUGCAUGACUUAGUUGUCAAGCAUAUGAUGCAUGGUCCAUGUGGAAAACAUCAUCCAACAAAUUCAUGCAUGAAGGAUGGUCAAUGCAUGAAUCACUAUCCUAGGCCAUUUAGUAAUAAAUCAAUACAAGGAAAGGAUGGAUACCCUAUUUAUAAGAGAAGAAAUGAUGGAAAGACCGUAAAUGUUCGUGGCAUGAGAAUGAAUACUCAGUGGGUUGUGCCAUAUAAUCCUUACUUACUAACUAGAUACAAUUGUCAUAUUAAUGUGGAGUCUUGCUCUGGAGUGAAAGCAAUCAAGUAUCUCUACAAGUAUAUAUAUAUAUAUAAAGGGCAUGAUAGGUAUGAUGUUUAUGUUGAAUCAGAUGAUGGCGAAAAAGUAGUUGAUGAAAUCCAAAAUUUUCAAGACGCACGUUGGAUGUCUCCGCCAGAAGCACUAUGGAGAAUUUAUGAAUUCAAUCUCAGUGAAAUAAAACCUCCUGUCAUUAACCUUCAACUACAUCUCCCGGAUAGACAAACAACUAAUCCUAGAGAAGGUGAAAGGUAUUAUUUGAGAUUAUUGUUGAAUCACGUCAGAGGACCCUUAUCGUUUAAUGACUUGCUAACUGUUAAUGGAAGAGAGUGUGAAACAUUCAAAGAAGCUGCAAAGAAAAGAGGUUUAUUAGAAUCAGACAACAGUAUUUCAGAAUGCUUACGUGAAGCGGUCCUCUUCAAAAAGCCAUCAGCGCUGAGAAAUUUAUUUGCAACAAUUUUGGUUCAUUGUAAUCCAACGGACAUCAAGAAGCUCUGGAAAAUCUAUUACGAAGAUAUGUCAGAAGAUUUUAGAAAAAUACAUGAUAAUUCUCCUGUUGCUCAACUCCAAUGCACGUUGAAGAGCAUCAAUUAUUUCUUAGAGAGCAUGGGCAAGAAAAUUGACAAAUAUGACUUACCUAAACUUGAUCAUAGGAGGGAUAAUGGAACUGAAAAAACAUUCCUAUAUCGUGCAUUGAUUGCAAAUCUCAUAUCAAGAGGCAUGAUAGCUUUAGCAACGACAACAAGUGGUGUAGCAUCUGCAAUUUUACCCGGAGGUCGUACAGCUCACUCUAGAUUCGACAUCCCUCUUCAGACAACUGAUACAACGAUCACAGAUAUGUCAAAACAGAGUGGUGGUGCUACAUUGAUAAGAAAAUCAAAGCUAAUAAUUUGGGAUGAAGCAACUAUGACCAAUCGUCAGACGAUUGAAAGUUGA